AAAAAAAAGAAAGUGAUGAGUGACGAUUUGAAGAGAGAUUACAGAGUUUGUAAGGAGAUCGGACGUGGUCGAUUCGGCGUCGUUUCACGGUGCUACUCUAUACAUUCCGGCGAAUCCUUCGCCGUUAAAUCCAUCGAUAAAACCAUCGUCUCCGUUGAUUCAAUCGAUCAACAAUGUCUCUACAAUGAAGUCAAGAUCAUGCAUCUUCUAUCUCCAAACCCUAACAUUCUCCAGAUCUUCAACGUUUACGAAGACGAUUCCUAUCUACACAUCGUCACCGAGCUCUGUACCUCCUCCGAUCUCUUCCAAAAACUAACCGGCGGCCACGUAUCAUCUGAGGAAGAAGCAGCCGUCGUUAUAUUACCACUGAUGGAAGCGAUCGCGUACUGUCAUCGAAAAGGCAUUGCUCAUCGAGAUAUAAAACCGGAUAAUAUAUUGUUUGAUGAUAGAAAUACGUUGAAACUUGCUGAUUUUGGAUCUGCUGUUUGCUUUAGGGAAGGGGAGAAAAUGACAGGUGUUGUCGGAACUCCUUAUUAUGUUGCGCCGGAGGUUUUGACGGGAAGGAAUUACUGUGAGAAAGUUGAUGUGUGGAGUGCGGGUGUUAUUUUGUAUAUAAUGCUUGCUGGUGUUGCUCCUUUUCAUGGUGAUUCUCCGGCGGAGAUUUUUGAAGCUGUUUUACGGGGGAAUUUGAGGUUUCCGAUUAGAUAUUUUCAUUCGGUGACGCCGGAAGCGAAGGAUUUGUUGAGGCGUAUGAUCAGGAAGGACAUUUCGAGUAGAUUUUCUGCGGAAGAAGUUUUGAGGCAUCCAUGGCUGACUUCGUCGUUGGAGAAGAAGAAAGGAAGUAAAUCAGUAAACGUAGAAUUGCGUUAAUCUCGUACAUGCAAAAGUUCAAAUCAUGCGAGAUAUGUUGAAGAUGUUUCGAUCGUUUCUAUUUCUAU